CCUGAGAGUGUGGAGAUGAACAAGCUGCGUCAGAGCUUGCGCAGAAAGAAGCCCACCUACGUGCCCGAGGCCAGCCGACCGCACCAAUGGCAAGCCGACGAGGAGGCCGUGCGCAAAGGCAAAUGCAACUUCCCUGUCCGGUAUCUGGGAUUAGUUGAAGUGGAGGAGUCCAGAGGGAUGCAUGUUUGUGAGGAAGCAGUGAAGAAGUUGAAAGUUAGUGGAAAGAAAACUGUGAAGGCAGUGCUGUGGGUGUCAGCAGAUGGCCUAAGGGUUGUGGAUGACAAAACUAAGGACCUUAUUGUUGACCAGACCAUUGAAAAGGUGUCCUUCUGUGCUCCUGACCGUAACUACGACAAAGCUUUCUCGUACAUUUGCCGUGACGGCACAACCCGCAGGUGGAUCUGCCACUGUUUCAUGGCACUCAAGGACUCGGGGGAGCGACUGAGUCACGCUGUUGGAUGCGCGUUUGCUGCCUGUCUGGAGCGGAAGCAGCGCAGAGAGAAAGAGUGCGGGGUCACCGCGUCUUUUGACGCCAGCCGCACGUCCUUUGUGCGCGAAGGCUCCUUUCGUGUUUCGUCUGCUGGCCAGCAGGGGGACCGUGAGGAUAUCAUGAAACAGCUGCAGGACAAGAGGAAAGAUGCCUCCUGUGCCAUCCCUGCCAUGCCGCCAGGCAACGCUUCACCCCCAGAGGGUGCAGCUUCGCCAGUCGAGCGAGUAGAGCCGGGGGGCCCGCACGCCAUCCCACGACGCCAUGCACCCAUCGAGCAGCUGGUGCGACAAGGCUCUUUCCGUGGCUUCCCUGCCCUCAGCCAGAAAAACUCGCCCUUCAAACGCCAGCUUUCGCUCCGCCUCAAUGACCUGCCAUCCACCCUGCAACGCAAGACCGACUUCCAAACCAAGAAUCCAGUUCCAGAAAUGGACCUGUCUGUGGCGAGCGAGGCAGACAGCAUCAAUGCACUGUGCAGCCAAAUCAACAGCUCUUUUACCAAACCGUCAGAGGACCUGUGUGCCAAAGCCACCACCAACGGCUUGCCUGUGUGCACUGUUCCCCCUGCCAUCCCUCCACCACCUGCCCCUCUGCAAGCUACGAGCUCAUGGGUGCAGACAGAGCCCGCUGUCCAGUCUCCGCCCCCUGUUCCUCAAGGUGGCCAUAAACGGACACCGUCAGAGGCGGAGCGUUGGCUAGAGGAAGUGGCCAAGUCGGUGAAGGCCCAACAGCAAACGCCACCCCUUCCCCCAGCGCCCGCUCAGCAACACCCACCCGUGCCGACCAUUCCGAUGGGUCCGGGCUCCCUGCCCACCUCCAUGCAGCCUUUCCCUAUGGCAUUCGAUGCCACCCCAGCGCCAGUGGGCAUGUAUGCUCAGCCGCCCCUUCAGCCAGCAUUUAUGCCCAUGCAAGCUUACAUGCCAACCCUGGCCAACAGCAUGACCUAUCCCAACGCCAGUGUGCCAGUGGUGGGCAUCACGCCAUCCCAGAUGGUUGCUAAUGUUUUCUGCACAGCAGCUGGCACAGGGGGCGGGGCUUCACUGGGAGCUGGUAUGGGCCCCAAGACAGGUGCUCUUGGUGGAGGCCACAACCCAGGUUUCCCCACACUGCCUGGUGGCUUUCCAACCACCACUUUCAGUAACCCCCCAGCAGUCAAUGGCCUCCCUCACAAUCCCACUCCUGUCCCCAGUGUAACACACAAUGGCACCAAUGUCAACGUAAGUGCUGGAAGCGGCUGGCCAAUGGAGAUCCUGCAGCAGCAACAGCAGCAUCAGCAGCAGCAGCAGCAGCAGCAGUCCGACCUAACAGCCGACACCCAGGAGGCGGAGCGUUUCGAGGCCAAGUGGGCGGCCCUCGAAUCCAAAACACAGCCCAAGGCAGCCAACCCUUUUUCCAACGACUUGCAGAAGACUUUCGAGAUCGAGCUAUAA